AUGUCUGUCCUCCAACGCGCCAACGAGGCUGUCAAGCUGCACGGAGACGAGGACAAGCACGAGAAGACCGACUCCUGGAGUAACCGCGACCUCAUUCCUCUGCCACCUUCGCGUCGGACGUGGGGUCUCUUCGAAUACUUCGGUUACUGGUCCCUGUCUUCCUUGAACAUCUCCGCAUGGCAGAUGCCCAACAGCUACCUCACCGUUGGUCUGUCAGUCGGUCAGUCUAUGGGUGUCAUCAUAGUCUCGAGGGCCAUUGUCUGCCUCUUCGCGUCUUUGGUCGCUUGGUGUGGUCUUCGGUGGCACGUCGGUUUCACGAUCCAGAAUCGGUUCUCCUGGGGCAUGCGCGGAAGCUACAUUCCGCUCAUCCAGCGCGUCAUGUUGAACUUCAUCUGGAACGCCAUUCAAUGCUGGAACGGUGGGAAGUUGGUGUGCGUCUGUAUCACUGCGAUAUUCCCCUCGUUCGCGAGCAUGAAGAAUACCUUGCCUUCAAGCAUGCCGACGACAACCUAUGAGAUGGUCGGCUUCACGAUCUUCUGGUUCUGCUCGCUCCCCUUCCUGUGGCUGCCGCCCGAGAAGUUUCGCCUCCCCUUCCAGGUCAUUUGCAUCUACUGCGGUGUCGCCAUGGUCUGCAUGAUGAUCUGGGCACUCGCUGUCGCGAAGGGUGUUGGCUCGACUUUCCACACUGGGCAGAACCUGACCGGAAGCUGGUCCAUCAACUGGGUGAUGCUCAAGUGCAUCAACUCAGCUAUCGGUGGCAAGGCUGCGGGCAUGACGAACGGCUCCGACUUCUCUCGCUACGGCAAAACGGCGCGCGAGUACAUCAUCGGCACCUUCCUAUGCUUGUUCUGCACUGGUACCAUGGUCAGCUUCGUCGGUCUCGUCACCGUGUCCGCCACGCAGAAGAUCUACGGUGAGGUCUACUGGAACCCUCCCGAUCUCCUGAUGAGGAUGAUGGAGGAUGGCCAGGGCAGCUCGAAGGCCCGUGCUGGUGUCUUCUUCCUCGCCCUCGGCUUCGCCUUGACUGCCGGCUUCGAGAACAUUUGUGGCAACGCCGUCGCAGGCGGCAUCGACCUCGCGGGCAUCUUCCCCAAGUACAUCAACAUCAAGCGCGGCGCCAUGAUCACCUUCUUCGCCGCCUGGAUCUGCAUGCCCUGGCAGCUCGUCAACCGCGCGGACACCUUCAUCACCGUCCUCUCCUCCUUCACCGUCUUCCUCGCCCCGAUCAUGGGCAUCAUGACCACGGACUACUUCAUCCUCCGCCGGCAGCGCAUCCGCUUGAGCUCGCUCUUCGACCUGCACGGGCAGUACUACUACAACUUCGGCUUCAACUGGCGCACGCCGCUCGCGUGGGUGGCGGGCUGGGCGCCGCUGAUCGCGGGCCUGAACGCGACGGUGCAGAAGACGACCGUCGCGCGCCCGCUGUUCCAGCUGUACUACAUGUCCUUCUUCAUCGGCUUCUCCAUCUCAGCCAUCCUCUUCUACGCCCUCAACAUGCUCUUCCCGCCGCCACAUCUCGGCGAGUUCGACGAGGUCGACCUCUUCGGCACCUUCACGCCAGAGGAGGCGAAGUACAUCGGCGUCGUCCCCGCCGACGACAAGGUCUACGACGACAACUCGUCCGCGUCCGGAAAGGUCGUGUUCGGGGACAAGGUCACCGAGGCUGACCUCGAGUACCGAUAG